AUGAAGACACCGGGUAAGAUCCCAAUCACUCCAAUGCAAGGUGAUCAUUUACUUCAUUUGCAACGUCAUUGGGUAUCCGUAGUCAGCGAUAAUCAUCAACUUGUUAAUGGCAUGACAAGUGUUUCGAUUGAUAAUAUCGAUGACAUCAAUGAUGCUCAAUGUUUAACAGAUAGCAAAUGUGCUGUUGUAGCUUUUGCUGGCUUGUCUAAGAAAGGGUAUGCUCCGUACAAUCCACGGAAGAAGAAUCAGGAUGCCAUGGUGAUCAAAUAUGACUCAAAGUCACAGACACUAUUGUUAUGUGUAUUUGACGGUCAUGGUGAAGCUGGAGGCGGUGCUUCUGCAUCGAUUUGUGACCGGUUUGCAUCAGAGCUCUUUGCACAUGCUCAAUUGAAGAGAUCGGAAGAUUUGCAGCAGGAUGAAAAGAGUUUACAAAUAGCUAUUGCAGACACGUUACGAUCAGUAGAACAGAGUGUCUUGCGUGACCCUAGUAUCCAUACGGAGUUUAGUGGAACGACUGCAGUUGUGACUGUUGUGCGAGACAAUCUUGUCGUGGAUGGUAACGUUGGGGACUCGAGAAUCACACGCGGAUAUUUGGGUACGACAAUGGUAUUGACGGCCCUCCUCGUGUAUGGCUGGGAGACACGGAUGUACCAGGUCUUGCCAUCGGGUGAUGCCGUUGCACAUACUGCAGGCGUUAUGUCUGAACCAGAGUUUACCUCUCGAUGGCUGGAUGAGAACGAUCGAUGUCUUAUUGUGGCGACGGAUGGGUUGUGGGAAUUUAUGUCGAACGAAGAGUGUAUGGAAAUGGCUAUGGGACAGCAAGAUCCCAAGGAGGCUGUGAACAUGUUGAUUAAGGAGGCUAAUUGUCGCUGGAUGAGAGAGGAGCAGGUGACCGAUGAUACCACGAUCAUUGUGGCGUAUAUUGACACUGUCGGCUCGAAGAAAGACAUCAAGGUCACGGAUAAUUGA